GUUUUCCCUUCUUGCCUCUUCCAUCUUGUUUCAAUACAUAUUAUAUAAUCUUCCUACCACUACCUACUUUACAUACCCAGAGUUCUUCAUUGCACUCUAUACAAUCGUUUAAAUUAAUCCCUAUCUAUUAUAUCAUCAUCAUGAAGUCCACAUCCAUUGCUCUCGCACUUGCGAGCACUCUCACCGGCGCAAACGCAUACUGGAAGGGUUUCAACGCCCAAGCUACCCUCGGAAACGGUGCUUGUAAAUCCCAAGCUGAUUGGGAAAAUGACUUCCGUCUCAUCCAAUCCUUCCCCGGUGGAUUCGACAGCUUGAGAGUCUACGCAUCCUCGGAUUGUAACACCAUUGCCAACGUUGCCCCAGCUGCUAUUGCCACCGGCGGAAAAGUCCUUUUGGGAGUUUGGACCGAAGAUGCCGCUCAUUAUGACGCCGAGAAACAAGCUUUGUUACACGCGGUCCAGACUUACGGUUUCAAUUGGGUCGUGGCUGUCUCUGUCGGUUCGGAAGAUUUAUACAGAGGAGAUACCACCGCUUCCACACUCGCACAACAGAUUUAUGACGUUAGAGGAAUGUUGAGCACGGUUAACGGAUAUUCUUCUGCAGUACAAGUUGGACACGUUGAUACAUGGACCAUGUGGACUGACGGCAGAAACACUGAUGUUAUCAAAGCAUGUGAUUUCAUCGGAUUGGACGGCUACCCCUAUUUCCAAAACACUCAAGACAAUGACAUCAGUCAGGGCUAUGAUCUAUUCUGGCAAUCUGUAAAUGCAGUCCGCUCGACUGUUCAGAACGCCCAAAGCGGUGCUUGGGUUUGGGUUACGGAGAGUGGAUGGCCUACUGCGGGUGCUCAAGAGAACAAGGCUGUUGCAUCGGUUGACAAUGCUCGUACUUAUUGGAAGCAAGUUGCCUGUGAGGCAUUUAACCAGGGACACACUUUCUGGUACUCUCUUCAAGACUUUGAUGCCAUCCCAUCGUUCGGUGUUGUUGAUGGAAAUGGUAACCUCAAGUAUGACUUGAGCUGUUAAGAAACUGGUUGAGGGAUGAUGAGAAAUUGGACUGUCUAUUGCUAGACUACACAGUAUAGCUUAAUUCUAAUGUAAUUACACAACCA